AUGACCCGUUGGCACUCAACAUCCUGCCAAUCCCCCAUAGUCUGGGUCGGUGAGGAUUCCGUCCCUAGAUGCAAAGCCUGCGGUGCUUCCGCUCACGAGCAGCUCCAGCAGCUGAGGGAGCAUCCUUCCAACCCGAUUUCUCCGUUGCCGCCGGAUGAAAAGGCAGGGCAGUUAAAUCUCCACUGGCCAUCUAGCGUACCAUAUACACGAGAGAAGAUUGCCGCAUUGACAGAAGAGAUUCAUGACUGUCUUCAAAUCUCCGACCCGCCUUCAAGGACGCAAGAAUCUCUCAUCCAUGGGCGCACUCUGGAAACAGACGAGUUUCGGCUUAUAUGCCUCACAACUGAGGAGAAGGAUUUGCCAGCAGACGUGGUUCACUUGUCAUUGGAGACGUACACCGAUGGCAAUUUCCCCGACUAUGAAGCUGUCUCUUAUACCUGGGGAGGUGAAGAUGGAGACGACACCUUGCGUCACCCAAUCUACAUCGGCGAGCACUGGGAUAUUCUCCUCCAGACCCGUAACUGCUGCGCAAUGCUCCGCUACCUCCGUCCCUCGAGAGGCAUACGGAUGGUCUGGGUCGACGCCAUAUGCAUCAACCAAGAAGACAUGCAGGAGAGAGGUGACCAGAUCGCCAAGAUGGGCCAGCUCUUCACGGGAUGCUUUCAGGUCUUCCUCUGGCUCGGUGAUGACAUAGCAUUCAAGAAGCCAGGUGUUCAUCCUCCACGGCUUCCUCUCCACGAGCUCGAAAACCUGGAGGAGCUGCAACUUCCGAGCAAAACAGAGCCAGUCAACAUCCGAAGCCUUUUCGAGAGACGGUAUUUCAGCAGGGUGUGGAUCAUUCAAGAACUCAUCCUCCCACCACGCAUCGCCAUACCCAUCGGAGAUAAGAUCUUCUGGGUUGACCCUUCCACGCCGACGCACUUUGAGCGUCUGUCGAGCCGCGACUGGCUAUGGGAGCAGACCAGAGCACCGUGGUUCCAGCAUGCAACCAGAGGCUCAGUCAUGCAGGAGAGUAUCCCCGAGUUCAUGGCACUCACCUGGAAGAGUCAGUCGUCCGACAUCCGGGACAAGGUCUAUGGAGUAAUGGGCCUCUCCUCUAUGAAGGAGGGUACCCAAAUCCGGCCUGACUAUGGAAUAUCUCUCCAACAUCUCAUAAUAGGCUUCUUCGCCCAUGGCAUCAUCAGCGGAGGCGCACCCCACUUGCUCCUCAAGGCAGCGGGUACAUCAGCUGAAACCGGCAUACCCUCUUGGAUGCCUCACUGGAGGGGAGACGCCUUGGAAGAGCUGUUUAGGAGCAAUGACAAUGAGAAUCCGGCCUGGGAAAACGUGGAGCCUUUCCUUGUCAAGGUGAAGAGCCGCCGGCAGAGCAAAUGGACUGCAACGGCCGGUCCGGGACACAAACAAUACCGUCUGGUGCGGUUCCUUCCUGGGUCCUUCUUCGAGGUAGGAAGGAAGUUGCGCAAGACUGUCUUUGAUAGGAGGCCUUGGCACCAGAAUGCGACAGUGGGCGCCGAUACUGGGGCCAUGUCUCUCAACCUGACGAGGCUGGUGUCGAUCAAGAAUCGUCCGGCCAGAGUUCGUGGUUUCGGCGGGGAAAGAUGGUAUAGGAUCAAAAGCACCAGGGAAUUUUCUUGUGAGGACGUCAUCUUCGUCAUGAGUCGAAGCAAGCUGGACGAGGUAGUCGAAGCUGGGGAUGAAAUCUUUCUCCUCGACACCAAUGUUAGGGCGCCCAUCUAUAUGAUCCUGCGCAAGACGGACAAUCCCCGAGAGUUCCGUCUGGUAGCUGCCUGCCCCCAUCUGGCCUUCUUGCUCAUGACAGAAAUCGACAUGCCCGUCGAGCCCGUCAAGCCCGUCAAUUCGAAAUCACUCCCUCUGGGCGAUCUCCAGGGCAGCCUGCACGAAGACCUCACGAUUCUGCGCAAUUUCUACGACCACGAAGUAUCUAGCAGUGUGAUUAAUAAAUAUCAGGGCAUCCAAAAGCAGUUUCUCUUCCCAGGGAAGCGCGGACCGAUCACGUUCAAAGAAGUGCUACCUCUCCUGUUGGGACUUGCAAGAGACAAGCACAAGCAAAAGUUCAAGUCGUGGAGGGGCUUCCAGGAGUUAUAUUUGGAAUCGAUCGACCCCAAGUUCCAGCCGCGCGUAUCCAACGGCUUUUGUGAACUGUCCCUUGACGCAGAGGACAAGGAGGAGAUUGUUAACCUCCUGGACUACCACACGUCUAGCGUCAGGAUGAAAGGCUGGUCCAAGGAGACAGACAAGGAGGGCACGGGCAGAGUUGUGCUGAGGCGCAACAUAAGCGUCAUCGGACUGGAGCUGAGGACCAUGGUUUCUAACUCGUAUUUUUUUAACCUGGUGGAGCUGGUGGACAGUCUGGUGGGCAGGCUCGAGGAUGCGGAUGUUGGAGAGCGCAUCAUGGCGGGGCCGGUUGAGGAAGACCAUUUCCGAGGCGGAGCACAUUUAUGGCUUGACGAGGUGUUCGGGAGGUUUGGGCUUGACGGGAGUACCUUUAGAGUGCGUAUGGUAUAA